AAGAUGGCGGCGCGCGGGGCCCUGGAGCCGUCUGGGCGGGAAGGAGGCGGCGCGGGCGCGGGCCUCCUCCUCCUCCACCCGGAGCUGCUCUCGCAGGAGUUCUUGCUGCUGACGCUGGAGCAGAAAAAUAUACCAGUAGAAGAUGAAGUGAAAAUCAGUAAAGAAGUCCUCACUGAUCUUUAUGUUCAGCACGUUAUACCAUUGCCUCAGCGGACCUUGCCUAACACAAGAUGGGGGAAAUUGAUGGAAAAGAAAAGAAGUCCGGAGGCGUUGAAAUAUGUUGAGAGCACUUCUACUGUGGAGAAUCUAAGGAAACGGCCUCUCAUUGUGUUUGACGGUAGUUCAACACGUACAAGUAUAAAAAUAAGGAAGACAGAGAAUGGAGCUGUUGAUCGUCUAAAAUCACUUACAGCUGGAAGCACCAGUACUACUUGUAGGAGACUAUCGGGUCCUUCAAAUUCGUCUAUAUGCACAUCAGCCUCCAUUUUACCACUGGACGUUAACGAGGCCAAGAAGAACAAUAUUAUAAUUAAUAACAGCAGUAUAACGUCUAGUCAGAAGGCACCACUAUUAGUGUCUGCUACAGGACCUACAGUUGUGAAAUUAAAGAGGACUGCUCCAAAAGAAGAAUCAGAUACAGCAAAUGGUCUACCACCCAUUGAAGCAAAAAAGAAGAUCCAGCAUGUAACAUGGCCGUGAAUCUGUAAGGUGCUUGGCAUG